ACGUCAUCAAGAAACUGAAGAGGGACACGUACACUGGUCAGCUGCUCCUGUAGUCGGAUUAGGCGGGCAUCCAGAUCUCGGUAGACACGUGCUAUCGGACGAACUGCAGCACCGUGGUCAACUUGUGUCUAAACUACAGUAGAUAAGCUGCAGUAGAGGACAUGUGACGUAACUGACAAAUCAAUCGUACCGCGACUAGACGACAUCCGCGGACCACCGUACUGUCUGCGUUGCCUACAGCGGAGUCGAUACUCGUCUGUCUAACAUAACACAGGCGUGUGUGGGUUAAAUUUAGCAUGACUUGGACUACAUCGGCCUUGAUAACGCGUAUGGCUUGUGCAAAUAGAAACGAGUUUGUUGUGUUGACGUGAAGAUACUCGCUAGCUUUACAGUUUACAUACUGCGAUAACAGAGACUGGAGAAUGAUAUGCACGACUCGGAUGGAAGCAUGGCUGUUUUGUGUCAUGAUGACUUUAGUUUUACAAGCCAUCUCCACAGCCACCAUUGUUGUGAAUGUCACGUGUAAUGGCAGCAGUGUGGAGAAACAGUUCUUCCAGGUGUACAGCAGGAGUAUUCUGUACAAUGGAUCUCAGAUAGUUUACAUGGGUAACGAUGGGGUCCUCGCACCCGUCCCGAACUCAACAGUUAGUGUUGAGGAUUUUUACAAGACUGAUGGAAACAUCAUCACUGCUACCAUCAGAGAGAAUUGUAGUGACGUCACCAAGAUUCAGUGUGAAGUGUUUGGGAUGAGACGAAACCAUCGAGAUACUGGCUUCUUAAAUCGCCAUUAUUCACCAGGGAUUGAAUUUAACAUUGAAAACAAGACGUCUGUCAGAAAGGAUCCGACAUAUGAUGUGCACCAAGUCUUCAGCUCAAUCACGGUUUACUGUGAAGCCACCGUAGGCAGCGAGGGACAUGUCUGGCACUGGGAGAUAAAGAAUUCUUCUCAAGAACUGCACUGGUUUAGCAUCAAUGAUGGCGUCACUGAAUCACAACUACGUCUUACUUCUUGUGCCUAUCAUACAACAAGUCAGCUUACAUACAUUCCCAUCGUCGAAGGUCAGAUUCACCUCCGUUGUUUACUGGGAAAUAUUGAAGUUGGUGCUGUGGAAGCUGAAGUAUUAGAUUUAAAAGGAAUCUUCAGCUUCCAUCUGUUUCUCAGCAGCAUUCUGUUUGUAUACAUCCCUUUCAUCAUCACCCCACUCGUCUGGACGUGCUUCCCAAAUGGAUUAAAAAAGAUUCGAAAACCUGAGGAUAACAAAAUGCGGAUAUUACGAAGCUGUGCUUCAUUUAUUUGGAGCAUUUCAUUCAUCUUAUACUGGGCCGUUCUAUGUGGUAAUAGUGGGAGCCAUCCACUGACAAAUGGGUAUGUGUUCUUUGCGGCAAUGGAAGGAUCCGUCCUGUUUAUAUAUGCAGUGCUUCGCAGUGUGGUGGUCUACAUCAGAAAACCUGAAAAACGCCAUCUUUACAACGCUCGUGUCGCUUUGUCGUAUGGAGCAGUGCUCUAUCCGUUCAUGUGUUGGCCCAUCUUGAAGGUGCUGAGCGAGACAGUGAUUUCCAGUACUGAGAUUGUUUUCUGGCUGAUUGCCGCGCCUUCACUUGUGUUGUCUAUCUACGUGUCGCACGACAGAGAGGGAAAGUACUGGGAGAAGGAAGACUAAACUCUGCAGACGUGCAGUAUUCUCUGUUUAUAUAUGUGCGUUGUUUCAAGAUGACCGCCAUAUAGCUGGAAUAUUGCUAAGUGCGGCGUAAAACUCAACUCACUCACUGUUUAA